CAUGUAAAGUUUACCAAACAAUAUGUAAACAAGAUUUGCGUCCGGUGUGAAGCAAUGAAUGAAAUAUAUUUUACGUCUUUAUGCAUUUUUUCUAUCAUCGUUAGCGAAGUGUGCGUCGAAAAAUAGAGAACGAUGGAUUAUGAUUUUAAAGUUAAAACGGCAGCGGAGCGCAUCAAAGUAGAAGAUUUAUUCGAAUUUGAAGGCUGUAAGGUCGGGCGAGGGACAUACGGUCAUGUUUACAAAGCACGGAGAAAAGACGGGACAGAUACCAAAGACUACGCCUUAAAACAAAUCGAAGGAACAGGUCUAUCUAUGUCGGCUUGUAGAGAAAUAGCGCUUCUACGUGAACUGAAGCAUUCAAAUGUCAUUAAUCUUAUUCGAGUAUUCCUUUCUCAUAACGAUCGUAAGGUAUGGCUGUUGUUUGAUUAUGCGGAACAUGAUUUAUGGCAUAUAAUAAAGUAUCAUCGUGCAGCGAAAGCAAAUAAGAAGCCUGUAAUGGUACCAAAGGGCAUGGUUAAAUCAUUGUUGUAUCAAAUUUUGGAUGGUAUUCACUACUUACAUUCGAACUGGGUUCUGCAUAGAGAUCUGAAACCAGCAAAUAUCCUUGUAAUGGGAGAAGGACCUGAGCGAGGCCGUGUGAAGAUUGCUGAUAUGGGGUUUGCACGUCUCUUUAAUGCUCCACUCAAGCCUCUAGCUGACCUUGACCCUGUGGUAGUCACAUUUUGGUACAGAGCUCCUGAGCUGCUACUGGGUGCACGCCACUACACAAAAGCCAUUGAUAUAUGGGCAAUAGGCUGCAUAUUUGCUGAGUUGUUAACAUCAGAACCAAUUUUCCAUUGCCGGCAAGAGGAUAUCAAAACAAGUAACCCGUAUCAUCAUGAUCAGCUGGACAGAAUAUUUAAUGUGAUGGGAUUUCCAUUGGAGAAGGAUUGGGAAGAUAUUAAGAAGAUGCCAGAACAUCCAACACUUCUUAAAGAUUUUAAACGAGCCAACUAUUCAAACUGCUCAUUGGUGAAGUAUAUGGAUAGACACAAAAUUAAACCUGAUAGCAAAGCAUUCCAUUUGUUACAAAAGCUACUGUUGAUGGACCCAACAAAGAGGAUAACAUCUGAGCAGGCUAUGCAGGAUGCCUAUUUUCAGGAGGAGCCACUUCAUACAGCUGAUGUGUUUGCUGGCUGUGCAAUUCCAUAUCCAAAGAGGGAAUUCUUGACUGAUGAUGACAACGAAGAUAAGUCAGACAACAAGGCUCGACAGAAUCAGCCGCCCAAUGGCAACCAAGGUGGUGGAGGAGACCAAGGCAAUCACAACCACCACAAUGGCCAUGGGCCAAGUGCAAAACGUGUACGUCUUCAGCAGCCAGGUGCAGGAGGGCUCUCAGCUCAGCAGCAACAGCAGCAACAACAGCAACAGCAGCAAGCCCAACAGCAGCAACAACAACAAGCACAGCAGCAGCAGGCACAGCAACAGCAGGCAGAUUUCCAUCAGCAGCAACAGCAACAGCAACAACAGCAAGCAGCAGCAGCUGCAGUCGCUGCUGCUGCCAUGAUAUAUACAUCCACUGCAAACACACAACCGCAAGCAUCGUUCCAGCGUUUCUGAAUGGCAACAAUAUUGCCUUGUGAAUGACUGUUGAGUGCCAAAAAUUCGUGCUGUUUUUUAAUGCCAUGAUUCAUUGAAUAGACUGAUGAUAGUGCACAAACCAUUGUGUUGAUGUCUGUCGUUCAGGACUGCGGGUGACUUUCAGCACCAACAUUUUUACUGAAUGCAUAAAUGCUACAAAUGCGCUUUUGAGAGACACAAACUUAUAGGUUGCUGACAGGACAUACAAGGCAUCCACCGCUCACAUAAAGUGCUCUUAUGAAGGGAAAUGACUUUUAACUGAAUGAUCAUUUAAAAAUACUGUACAUGUGACGGGUAUGUCUUACACAAGUGCAAUAAAAGUUUACAUCUAAAUUCAGUUCCAUGUUAUUGAUUUCUCAUGUACAUUUCUCAGCAUGCAUACCAUGUCAUCUUUUAAUUAUUAAUGUACAUUGCAAAUAUACGUAAAAAUGAUACACUGAACAACAAAAUUCUAAGUGCACGAGGAUAGAGAAAGAAGACCAUAAAUAUCUAACCUGCAACUGCUGCUGAAUUUCAAUAUCUUUAGAUAGGAAUCUCCUCUUUCUUCUUCUUUUUUAUAUUUUUUUAAAAUUUUAUUUUAUUAUUUUUUUUAAAAGAGAGAGAGAACUGAUAAAAGAGCAAGAGAGGAGUGAUAACACAAAUUGGAGUAGACAUACGACUUUUAUUACUUGUGUGCCGGAAUGCAGUGUAAAAGGUUCCCCACCCCCAUCCCCUACCUCUCCCCGCUCCCUGUACAUCAGCUUAGGAGGAAAAACCUUUGUUUCUGAAAGCUCACUCUUAAUGCCUGCUUUUAAAGACACAUUAAGUAUUUGUGCACAUGGUCUCCUUUGUCUAUGUUUACGUUAACAUAUCUUCAUAAAAGAUUAAAAUGAAAGUAAAGACUUCAUAAAAGCAGUUUUCAAAUUAUGGUUGUUCAUUGUGCAGUCAUUGUGUAGUAUAAAUAAAUUUCAUCUUUUUUCUUCUUAUUACCAAUAGAAAACAAUUUCCUGUACCUUGAGGUGUUUAGCUGUUUUUUAGUUCUCAUUUGACAGUUAUUGAAUGUGGAAAAGCAGUAUAUUAAUGUUGCUGAGAAAUACAACAAAGAAAUCAUUCAUUCUUUCAUGCAUUGUGUUCCAUAAAUCCCAUCAUAAAAAGUGUUUCUUGAGGGAUGUGGAGUGAGUCAAGUUAUACAUAACAGGUAAAUCAAAUGCAGAAUCAUUAUUUAAGUCAUACUCAGAAGUAAAGAGAUAUUCAGAAGGAAGAAUACAUGUCAUUAAAGACUUAGAAAUUUUGACUGUUACCCAGAAGCUCUAAUCCCGGUGAUGGUUGCAACUACUUGCAUGUAACAACAUUUUGUAUUUUCAUAGAGCUGUGUAUUAGAAGUUCUUUGUAUGAGAAGUAUCAGGUGCCUGGAGGUCUUCCACUAUCUACAAAAGUUGUAUCAGGGUAUGUUUACAGCAUUGUGUGCCUGCUAUUUAUUGUUCCUACAGUGAAUCAGUGUGUUUGCAGACAUUUAAGAUAAUAUUUGAAUUCAUGCUCCAUUGAAAUCAAUAUAAUUGCUGUGUGAAGUACUUUCAAAUGAUAAGAAGGUCUCUCUCUGCCUUCCCACAUUACAAAAUAUUAGGAUACAAAAUAUUAGCACAUUUUAUCCAUAUAUUUUUAAUGAAACAGCUGACAAAAUACCAACGAUGGUAAAUUUUUUGUUCAGUAGUAAACAUAACUACAUCAUCUCUUAACAUUUAUUUUUAUGAUAUCCAGCCACAUUAUAAAUAUUUGAUAAACCUCUUUGAAGAGUGAUGUUCUUUCUCUGUCCAACAAGAAUAGUGUUAGGUUCCAAACUCUUCCAGAAUUAUACCCAGUGAUAACACUGUGGUGCUCAAACCAACCUUUAGUUACAGACAGUUUUAAAGUUUCUUCUUCCCUUGAAUUUUAGUAGACUGUCAUUACGUUUCUUUCGAAAAACUAUCUCACAACUAUAUUUAGCAUUACUGCUGUCUCUCUCUGUACUUUCAUGGUAACUGGAACAAUAUGCUUCUUGUGUAAUUGUACUGCAUGUAUGCACACUACUUUUCAAGAAAAAUAUACAAAAAUAAUAUAUGUGAGGAAAUCUCAACAUAUGGAAACCUAAUUUUUGGCAGAAUCAUAUGGUCUUACACAAGACACAAGUACACGGACCUAGAAAACCGUUGUCUCUUUGAAGGCAACAAAAAAAUAUCACAGUGAUUAUUUGUACUUACAAAAGCUUACUUUUUCCUUCAUUAGUUAUAUGAAUUUCACAACUAUGGAAAAUAUGAAAACACGUUUAUAAUUUCAUUUUUAAAUUCAUAAAUAGAAAUGGGAGGGAACUAGUUAGCGUCCCAUUGAUAACUAAGUCUUGGAGGGAGGGGGGG